CCUCCCUCUUCUAGUGGCAUUACGCAUCUCAAGAAAGAGUUUUGACAGGAAGUGGAAAUGAGCUAAUGGCCAGUCAUGUGAGCCCUGACCCCUUCAGUGAUUGGCUCCUUUCACUGUUGCCCAUGCCUCUGAUUGCUCUCCUCUUCUCUCUGCACAGAUUCCGCAGUUUAACCAAGCAGUUCUUCAGAAAGGCCGAUGGGGUGAUCGUGAUGUAUGACAUUACAUCGUCCAACUCAUUCACCGAGGUACGCUACUGGCUGGCAUCUGUCAAGGAAACAGUGGAUGAUAACGUUGCUGUCCUUCUUCUGGGGAACAAGAUAGAUGAUGUCGCUCACCGUCAGGUGCCCACUCCUGAGGGGCAGCGUCUUGCUCAG